AGGUCUAUAGCACUAGAAGAUUUAAAGUAAUCCUCGAAGAUGAAGCUGUUCAUCUUUGCUGCUCUUUUGGGCGUGACAUUGGCAUCUGAUGCUGAACUGAACGGUGUUGUUCACUUGACUCCAGAUGGUAGUGUAGACAUCUCGGGUACCAUAAAGUUUGUUUUCGGAGCGCAAGGACAGGCAGAUGCAGGUAAAAUAUACGUAAACGUUGCAAUCCCUGGGACUGUUGACUACACUAUGAAGCUUCACGAAUUCCUGACCGACUUCUCUAAAAAAGAUCCCGUGGAUUACAUCGGAGGAGUAAUGACCGGUAACGUGGCCACUGCUGUCUCUAACUUAGGACUCAUCAGGACCGCCAACAAAGGAGAUAAUGUUGCUGCUACUACCUUUACACCUUCUGAAACUCAUGUUGUUGGGAGAACUAUUGCACUUUACGACACCGUCAAUGACCGGAUCGUAGCUUGUUUUCCUAUAUUGGCCGAUGCUACCAGCACUUACUACAGGUCCAAGAUCAUGGAGAAGGAAGGUAUAAACGGCGAAGUGACUAUGAUCAGGAGCAAACUUGCAGCCCCAAACUCUGGAUACAGACUAUCAUCAAAUCUUAACCUCUUAGAACCUGGUCUUGAUGCACAUCUUCAUAGUAUCCAGAUAGGAACCCAGGCGAUAACUGUACAACAAAGCUGUACAGAAACUGGAAACAAUUUCUUCGAUAUUCACACGUGGGGAAACACCAGCCCUGGCACCGCAAUAAAAGAAUACUACUCCAACACCGGCAACGGAGAUAUCCUGGGGACUACUGGAGCAGUCCCACAGUCUCUCCUUGUCAAGGAAAACUACCCGGUUUUCGCGGGGAGGAGCAACAGACAAGCAACUUGUAACCCUGUGUACCAGAUCAAGAGCAAAUCUGCCACUGCUCACUUUAACCAGGAAGGCAGUGAGUUCUCAGUGAGCUUCGAGCAAGAAUCUCCCUUCCACCCAGUAGAGAUCACAGUAUCCGGAAUGCCGGCUGCUAUCAACACUCUUACUGUCUCUAAAACCGUCGUCAGUGACUACGCAAGACCAAGAUACGAGGCUCAGUACACGAGUGUCAGCACCGCCUGCGCACUACUCUGGGACAAGAGGGAGACCCGGGUUGAUACGGAGGCGCUCAUCAAGGCUAACUAUGCUACCAACCAGAUCACAAUGUACGGACCUAAGAGCAUCCUAGGGAAAGCUUUCCUCUUCAAGGUUGGUGAUGUGAGCUACUGUGCUGACAUCAAGAACGAUAAUACUGUUAUCAGAGAGAUUGCUGACUUCCACGGACUAGUCGGAGGAAACGUAAUCCUGGAACAAGACGCUAAUAACAGAUGGGACGAUGUCACUGUUUACAACAGUCUGUAUUCAGAUACAGAACGAGCUGUUGCUCUGUACCUCACAACAACAAAAGGAAAUGAGGACAACACACUUGUAAACAGAUGUCCCUCUCCCUCUUCAUGGAACCCUUUCUACGCUUACAACGUUGGUGGUGAUCUAGGCGUCAACUCAGUCUGUACCAGCCCCGAUUAUUACUACAACUGUCCCCGGGGUUACACUCAGACUAGAAUGGGGCUCCUUGAAGUUCAGAAGCUGCUUACUGGAGAAGUCAAGUUCACCCAAGUGCUGCACGACCCCUUUCUCCAGAUGUCAGGAGAUCCCAAUACCAUCAUACCCAGUAACAUUGUCCUAACAUACACCACAUCUGGCAGUGUAACUAGGAACAACCUCGACUGUGCCGCACUUAAGAAAGUUGGAGGUAUGACUGCUGAGGCGAUUAUCUCCGAAUACGACACAGAUACCAAGAAAAGCUUGUUUGAUACUGAUGGAUCGGUAAAAUUCUCGUAUGAUGAUAGCAGUAACAGUAUGACGUGGACUGCAGCUUUCUCUUCAAUCCUCGGAGCUACAACUUCUCUUACUCUUAACGAGAAACGUGUCGCUACUAGUGAGAGUGGUUACCCCUUCUUAGCAUGUAGUGAAGAGGUCCUUGGAAACGUGCUCAACUUUAACAACGCUGAAGGAAGUGAUGCUCCUAGCGGAAACCUCAGUGCAAUUGACGAUAUGUUCAAGGGUAACGCUAAAACAAUCAGUCAGUCCAGUAAAACCGCUCAAUACGACUUCUUCAGUCCUUCCUAUUCUCCAAUGUACAGUUCUAUCCGUCUGGGUUACGGUAACAAUGACGAGCCGUACUCGUGCGCCAACAUGAACCCCGUUUUGAGUACAGGGAAGUCUGAGAAGCACCUCUACGCUCUUUUUUACAAACAACCUUCUCACGGCAAAGUUUCGGGGGAGAUAAAAUUCAGACAAGUAACAGUUAAAACAGAUACUGGAACAUUCUACUACCCCACCAACUUAGAGAUCAACCUUGGUCACUGGCAUCACCCCAAAAUGAUGACCGACAGUCAUCGAAUCUACAUUACCAAAUACGACAGCUGUUCUGAUUUCCCGAAUGGCUCAAUCCGACCAUCUGAAGAUAUUUACAACCCAUACUCUGUGCCAGUGCAACACGUUAAGAACGGAGAGUUCCCCCAUUACGCAACAGUUGGAGACGUUACCGCUAAAUCUGAACAGUACGUCGCUCUAGGAAAGAGAAUGAUGAUAAACGUCGACAACUUGCCUCUUACUGGAAAAUUCUCGAUCCUUGGAAAGGCUAUCGUUAUCAGCGACUCCAUCGGAAACAACUUUAUCGGCUGCACUGUGAUAACAGAUAACCGAGUAAACAGCGGAGUAACCCUCACCGUCAGUGUGGUGACACUCCUCUCUUCUCUCUUCCUUGCUCUUUGGUAAACACAGGGAGGCGCUGCAGUUCCAUCGUCCGGAGCUGGUUUUGAUUUGGAUGUUUGAUUUUAUUUGGAUGUUUUAAUGAGUUACAGAAAUGAUAAAAACUGGACAGUUAAGGUUGAUUCAGGUUAAUGAGUUGGACAGUUGAGACCUGAGAACAGAAUGAAUAAUUAAUGGGUAUAACAUGUUUUAUCAACAUGACGACUUAAUUAAUAAUUAAUGGGAAUGACUGAGUUGUAAUGUGAUCCUGUCAGUAUUUUGAUGGGGUGGACUGCGACUCCGCACUCCUUUUAAACGAUUUUAUUACACUAAUUAUUGUGAUCAGACGGAUUAUAUUUCGUUUUUAUAAUAUGAUUUGUAGAUGAACAGUGCAAUAUGGAUUUUUUUCGUGAAAUUCACAGAAUUGAAAAUUUGAUUUGAGAUUCUGCGAUUGCAUUGUAUCAAAAAAAUAUAGUAUAUAGUACUAGUAUAUUUUGAUACCACUUUUUCCUAUUGUGUUUUUGUAUUUGUAUAGAUUGUAUUUGUAAUUGUAUAAUUCUUCGUAGGUUUAUGAUUUUU